AUGAUCGUAACAACAGACAUGACUGCGAAAGAAAUAAUCAACGAUUUUAAAGAGACCUAUGCUAAAGUGAGGAAGUUACUUGACGAUGAUGCACCUCAUGAUCCAGUUAAUGAACCAUAUUUGUCAAAUUAUAAAGCAAAAGACAUCUUAAAUAAAAUGCGAGAAGCUCUUAUGAUCACAAAAGGCUCUGAAAGAAAUUUGGAUAGUGUAAAAAUUGACGCUAUGCUUGGUGUUGUGCUUCUUAACAUAGGCAUUAUCGACAUGGAAACUGAUGACGCCCCAGCAAGUGAAAAAGUAUUGACCGAAGCAGAAGCUCUUCUCCUACCACAUUCAUCAAAGCCAGAAGUAGUAUCCACUUUAAUUAACAUUGAAAAUCACCUUGGCUUAUUGUGGUCAAAUCGGGAUGAGCCAGAAAAAGGCAAAUCCUUUCUACUUAAAGCAAAAGACCUUUAUGAAUCUUUUAAAUGUACAAUGCAAAUGCCUAUAUCUAUAGAACAUAUAAUACAUGUUAGUGACAGCAUAACAGGUGAUAUUAUGUUACUGGAAAAACCUUAUACUCUCACUCUUUAUUACUUAGCUCAAGUUUAUGGCUCUUUAAAUGAGAAUUUAAAAUCUGCUAUUUACUGCCAUGUAACAUUACGUAGGCAGUUGCAAUAUAAUGAUUAUGAUCCAAUAGAUUGGUCCUUAAACUCUGCUACUUUAUCUCAGUUUUUUGCUGAGAAAAAUUGUUUUUUUCAAUCACGACAUCAUCUUGCUGCUGCAUCAACUAUAUUGGACCAGUAUGAGGCUAGGCUACUUGCAGAUGAAACCAAUGAUGAGGUAUUGAUGGCUAAAAAAGAACAGUUUAAUCACAGAUCGGCUGAUGUGGCAAGAUGUUGGGCAAAAUAUUGUAUUAUAUUGAUGUCUGCCUCUAAAAAUAGACUAAUGAGUGACCCUGACAAUUUAGAUGAGGCAAUUACAGAUUUAUCGAAUCUUCAAUUAGAGGACAGUGAAAACAUUUGUGGUGGAGAUGUAAAGAACCUAAUUUUUCCUGAUCUGGAUGUAUCAAAACAUGAAAACGAAAUUGGGCAUAAGUUUCUUCUCACUUACCAAGAUGCCAGAGAAGUCUUUCUCAAUUGUCAGACAUGGCUAAAUAAGGCAAAAGAGUAUUACAGACCUGAUACUCUAGCAUCCGAUUAUAUCCAAUUGGUUCAAGAUAACUCUGAAGCAUAUUCGUUCCUAGCAUUUUUUGAAGAGGAUGACGGAAGAAGGGCUAAAAUGCAGAAGCGAAGAAUAGAUAUCAUAGAAGAUUUGCUGAAAGAAAUAAAUCCUACAUAUUAUCUACAUUAUUGUCAACAGCUGUGGCAUGAACUUGGUGUAAUAUAUUCAGAAAUUUUGGACAUCAAACUUGAUUCAGUAAAAAAAAGUGAGGGUAAACCGACACCUCACCUUUUGAAAAAAAUCAAUAUGCUUUGUGAGAAAAGCAUUGAAAACUAUGAAAGAUUUAUUGAAUCUUUUAAAGAUAAGAAUGGAAUUUUACCUUUGAGAAUGGAAGAGGAAUUUGUUAGACCAGUUGUUUGUGCAUUUGCAUUUAUUGGAAGAAAUAGUAUGAAACGCAUUGCCUUAGACAAACAUACUCAACUAAGUCAUGUGAAAAAGAGCUACGAAUCGUACCAAGCGGUUGUGGAUAUUUGUUCAAAAGAUAAAAACUCUGCAAAAAUGAUGUCUACAGAAUACAGUUUAUGCCAAGAGAUGGUUAAGAUAUUACCAAUUAAAAUUAAGAAGCUUGAAGCUGAAAUAGUUGCACAAUCAUAA